CAACUCAACCCCCCUCCCUCCCUCGACCUCGAUCGACGCCGCGUCCUCCCCCCCCUCCCCAUCCUCAGAUCGCCGACGGCGGCGAGCGAAGGAGCAGCAGGCCGGCGGGCGGCGGAGGAUGGCGAAGUCGAGCGCGGACGACGCCGAGCUGCGCCGCGCGUGCGCGCAGGCCGUGGCGGCGUCGGGGGCGCGCGGCGAGGAGGUGUCCUUCUCCAUCCGCGUUGCCAAGGGGAGGGGCAUCUUCGAGAAGCUCGGUCGCCUCGCCAAGCCCCGCGUCCUCGCGCUCACCGUUAAACAAUCAACAAAAGGCGAGGCAGCCAAAGCUUUUCUCCGAGUAUUGAAGUAUUCAUCUGGUGCAGUACUUGAGCCAGCCAAGCUUUACAAGUUGAAACAUCUCACAAAGGUUGAGGUCAUUUCGAAUGAUCCUACCGGUUGUACAUUUGUGCUGGGGUUUGAUAACCUGAGAAGUCAGAGUGUUGCACCUCCACAAUGGACAAUGCGCAACAUCGAUGACAGAAACCGUCUACUUUUUUCUAUCCUGACCAUGUGCAAGGAGAUCCUUAGUUAUCUUCCAAAAGUGGUUGGAAUUGAUUUCGUGGAGCUAGCCCUCUGGGCCAAGGAAAAUACAGUGACACUGGAUAACCAAUCGAACACCCAAGGCGGGCAAGAAAAAUCUGUCACGACUCAAACUGAGAGGAAAGUAACUGUAACAGUUGAAAAUGAUCUUGUCUCCCAAGCAAAAGAAGAAGAGGAAGACAUGGAGGCACUUCUUGACACAUAUGUCAUGGGUAUAGGUGAAGCAGAUGCUUUUUCUGAGAGAAUGAAACAGGAGCUUGUUGCUUUGGAAGCAGCAAAUGUCUAUCAACUACUGGAGAGUGAGCCUUUAAUAGAGGAGGUCUUGCAGGGUCUGGAUGCUGCUAGUGCGACUGUAGAUGAUAUGGAUGAGUGGUUACGUAUUUUUAAUCUGAAGCUGAGACAUAUGAGAGAAGAUAUUGCAUCGAUUGAAUCACGCAACAAUGGCUUGGAGAUGCAGUCCGUAAAUAACAAAGGGAUUGUUGAAGAGCUAGAAAAGUUGCUUGAACGAUUGCGGAUUCCACAGGAGUUUGCAGCUUCGUUAACUGGUGGUUCGUUCGAAGAGUCACGGAUGCUAAAAAAUGUUGAGGCAUGUGAAUGGUUGACAGGGGCCAUUCGCAGCCUUGAAGUGCCAAAUCUGGAUCCAUGCUAUGUUAAUAUGCGGGCUGUUAGGGAGAAAAGAGCAGAACUGGAGAAACUGAAGACAACUUUUGUUCGGCGUGCAUCAGAGUUUUUGAGGAACUACUUCUCUAGCUUGGUGGAUUUCAUGAUAAGUGACAAAAGCUACUUUUCUCAGCGAGGGCAAUUGAAGCGGCCUGAUCAUGCAGACCUAAGGUACAAAUGCAGGACCUACGCGCGACUUCUGCAGCACUUAAAGAGUCUGGACAAGAGCUGUUUAGGUCCCUUAAGGAAGGCAUACUGUCAUUCUCUUAAUUUAUUGCUUCGUCGAGAGGCACGUGAAUUUGCCAAUGAACUUCGAGCAAGUACGAAAGCACCCAAGAAUCCUGCUGUUUGGCUUGAAGGUUCUAAUAGUGGUGGUCAGAACGGCAGCAGUGUUGACACUUCAACAGUAUCUGAUGCAUAUUCAAAGAUGCUUACCAUAUUUAUCCCACUUCUUGUGGAUGAGAGUUCCUUUUUUGCACAUUUUAUGUGCUUUGAAGUACCUGCCCUUGUCCCAGCCAGUGCUCUGAAUGCUAAAAGUAGAUCAGGGGGAAAUGACCCGGAUGAUGACCUGAGUCUUAUGGAUCCAGAUGGCAAUGAUCUGAAACCAGAUGAUACAUCUGCUGAACUGGGUACAUUGAAUGAUGCACUUCAAGAACUACUCGAUGGGAUACAGGAAGACUUCUAUGCGGUUGUUGAUUGGGCAUACAAGAUUGAUCCCUUGCGUUGCAUUUCAAUGCAUGGGAUUACCGAACGAUACCUGUCUGGUCAGAAAGCUGAUGCUGCAGGAUUUGUUCGCAGACUACUUCAUGACUUGGAGUCAAGAAUAUCAGUACAGUUCAGCAGGUUUAUUGAUGAAGCGUGCCAUCAAAUCGAGCGCAAUGAAAGAAAUGUGCGUCAGACAGGAAUACUAGCAUACAUUCCGAGAUUUUCUGUCCUUGCAUCACGAAUGGAGCAAUAUAUUCAAGGGCAAUCCAGAGAUUUAAUUGAUAAAGCAUACACAAAGCUAGUCAGCACAAUGUUCACGACUUUGGACAAAAUUGCACACAGUGACCCCAAAACUGCAGAUAUUGUAUUGAUAGAGAAUUACGCUGCUUUCCAGAACAGUCUCUAUGACUUGGCUAAUGUUGUGCCAACUCUUGCAAAAUUCUACCACGAGGCCAGUGAAUCAUAUGAACAAGCUUGCACUCGUCAUAUCAGUUCACUUAUUUAUCUUCAAUUCGAGAGGUUGUUUCAGUUUUCUCGAAAGGUUGAUGAAUUGACCUACACCAUAGCUGCUGAAGAGAUUCCUUUCCAGCUUGGGCUGUCAAAAACUGAUCUAAGGAGGGUGAUCAAAUCCAGUUUAUCUGGGAUUGACAAGUCAAUCGGUGCCAUGUAUAGGAGGUUACAGAAGACACUGACUUCUGAUGAAUUAUUUCCUUCACUGUGGGACAAGUGCAAGAAAGAGUUUUUGGACAAGUACGAGAGCUUCGUUCAAAUGGUAACGCGGAUCUACGCAAACGAGCCCAUCAUGUCAGUUGCCGAAAUGAAAGACGUCCUUGCUAACUUCUAGAUACAAGUACAGUGCCAUGUAUAAUUUCACAGUGCAGUAGCUAUCUGUAUUCGAUUCAUUUGAUUGAAUUUUGCACAUCCACUUUAGCUAGGCCUUAUUAGAGUAUAUAUAUGUUUCCUGGCUAAGUUUAUUUGUGUGUGACCUCCUGUAUAGACGUGGAUAUGAGCAGUCGCAUCAGGCUCAGAACUGUAAAACAGUUCUUAUCCGUGUAUCAAAUCUCAAUGUAACAACAUCUGUUUGGAUAAAACGAGUGUCCGGUUACCUUAUGCCAUUUACG